GGUUUACAUCAGCUCCCGAAGUGAAAUUGAACAUUGGAGAGGGCUAUAUAACUUUGUUGAAGGCCGUCAUUUAAGUGGCCUGGGUCGUGGAUGAGAAGGCACUAGUUCGAGAAACAGUCUAUCCCAUUUCUCCGUGUAGCUUUUGGUGUCCUUCUUGUACAGUGAAUACUUUUAUUGGUAAAAUGAUAUGACCGCUAUCAGUGUACUGCUUCUCAUAUAGAGUUUGCAAACGUGUACCUGAUCUCAGUUGUCUGUAUUGUCGAUUACAAUUAUGUCUGAUGUAAGAUUAAAGUCUGCCUCCGAUAAUUUUGCUGAUGCACAUGCCCUGCACGUUGUUGAUACCAGUAGAGCUAAAGAUGGAGUUUGGUUAGUCAAAGUUCCUAAAUAUCUAGCCGAACUUUGGCAUAAUGCCGGCCCUGAUGGUGUAGUUGGGAAAGUUGUUAUUGCAAGUUCAAGUACUGCAUCUCAGAAUGUUAACAAAGGUCCUGGAUCUCAGGUUACUCUUGUUACUGAUUCAGAACUGUUGAAGCAAGUCGGUGAAUCAGGAAAUCUAAUACCGAAGGAACACCAGUUUCUUAUUCAAACUUCGUCAUCUGGUGCUUCAUCUGGCGCCACUCGUCCUGGUCAAAGCACUUCAAGUUGUGUUAACCAAAAGCGUCCAGGAGCUAUAUCUGGGCAGGAACUUAUAAUUUUAUGCGAAGAUGAUCUUACGUGUUCACAAACUAGCUCAUCUACUGGAAGCACAUAUAUAGACCCUAUCUUCAGUAAGCUUGUGUCUUCUCCUUUCUCAAAUAAACCGAAUGCUCGUUACUCUCGAAGAUUAUCUUUGUUUGGACGUGUGAAUAGUCGAGCUGAGUGUCGACCACCGCCUAAUACAAGGUAUAUGAUGCUCAAGGCCCAGCAGCUUAAAGCCAAAAAUCGACCACGACAUGAAAUCCACUUACUAUAUGAACCAGUACGAAACUACAAACCAGUUUCAAAUCACGUUAAUAAUAUCGAAUAUGAGCUGAAGAAAAAGGCAGAGGGUAAGAAUCUUCGUCGAGAUAAGGAAGAUGUUCUACAAGACUUGUUCAAAGCCUUCGAAAGACAUCAAUACUAUUCAAUUAAAGAUUUGGUUGUGCUUACUAAGCAACCUUUGGCAUACCUCACAGAGAUUUUGAGAGAAAUCGCUGUAUUCAACAAUCACAUUCCGCAUAAGAAUAUGUGGGAGUUGAAACCAGAAUACAGGCACUAUACACAAGCAGAAACCAAAAGGCAACCCAACACAGAACGGACGACAUAAACGCACUGUAUUUUUCUAUUAUUAAAAUACUGAGUUUCAUAACCUUUUUGUUCUCACUCAU